GCUUAGCUUUUGUCCAAUAAUAUCAAAAGAUUCAGACUCUCAAGUAUCUAUUAUUCGAAUUCCAGUUACAUGUUCUUUUAAUGGAAUGAAAAAUCUAAGAUGCUAGCUAGUUGGAUGAAUGAGGGAAAAAUCCACCGAUUAGUUGGGCCAAGUUCAUAAACUAAUGUUAUAAUUCGUCUUUUCCCUCGGCGCAUUCUGCAUAUAUAUAUAUAUGGCACCCUCACAAAGCGAGCGCCAUUUCCUGUCUAUAAAACCCCAAACUCGCGAGGCAACUGCUGAUCAGUGAGCUUGCUCUACCGCCAUGGCCGCCGUCUGCGACGAUUCCGGGCUCGAGGAGUACACCAAGGACGGCACCGUCGACCUCAAAGGCAACCCCGUCCUCCGGUCCAAACGAGGCGGGUGGACCGCAUGCUCCUUCGUCGUCGUGUACGAGGUGUUCGAGCGCAUGGCGUACUACGGCAUCUCCUCCAACCUCAUACUGUACCUGACGAAUAAGCUGCACCAGGGCACCGUCACGGCCUCCAACAACGUCACCAACUGGGUCGGCGCCGUCUGGCUCACGCCGAUCCUCGGCGCCUAUGUCGCCGACGCGCACCUCGGCCGUUACUGGACCUUCAUCAUCGCCUCCGUUAUCUACCUCUCGGGGAUGUGUCUACUGACCUUGUCGGUGUCGCUGUCGUCGCUCAAACCACCGCCGUGCGGCCCCAACACAGCCGACCCUUCCUGCUCCACCGACGCCACGCCGCUGCACCUCGGAGUCUUCUUCUGCGCGCUCUACAUCCUCGCCGUUGGUACCGGUGGCACCAAGCCCAACAUCUCCACCAUCGGCGCCGACCAGUUCGACGAGUUCCAUCCCCGUGAGCGCACGCACAAGCUCUCCUUCUUCAACUGGUGGAUGUUCAGUAUCUUCUUCGGCACCCUCUUCGCCAACACCGUCCUCGUCUACAUCCAGGACAACGUCGGAUGGACUCUAGGCUACGCCCUCCCCACCCUCGGCCUCGCCAUCUCCAUCUCUGUCUUCGUCGCCGGCACUCCCUUCUACCGCCACAGGAUCCCCGCUGGAAGCCCCUUCACCAAGAUGGCCAGGGUUAUCGUGGCCGCCACCCGGAAAUGCACCGUGCGGUUGCCCAGUGACCCCAAGGAGCUGCACGAGCUCGAUCUCGACGCUUAUGCCGAGCCCGGAAAAUACCGCAUCGAUUCGACACCAACUUGGAGGGUUUUGAAUAAAGCAGCAGUGAAGACGGGUCCGACGAAUCCAUGGGCGCUCUGCACGGUGACGCAAGUGGAGGAGACGAAGCAAAUGCUGCUGAUGAUCCCAAUCCUCAUCACCACGUUCAUCCCCAGCACAAUGUACGCCCAGAUCAACACCCUGUUCGUGAAGCAGGGCACCACCCUCGACCGCCACAUCGGCCCCAACUUCAAAAUCCCUCCGGCGAGCCUCGCCGCCUUCGUCACCCUCUCCAUGCUCGUCAGCAUCGUCCUCUACGACCGCUACUUCGUCCCCUUCAUGCGCCGGUUGACUGGGAACCCCCGCGGCAUCUCGCUGCUACAGCGCAUGGGCACCGGGAUGGCGAUCCACAUCGUGAUCAUGUCGGUGGCGUCGCUGACAGAGAGGAGGCGGUUGGCGGUGGCGCGGGAGAACGGGCUGGUGGAGAGUGGUGCGGGGGUCCCGCUCACCAUCUUCAUUCUGCUGCCUCAGUUCGUGCUGAUGGGCGUGGCGGACGCGUUCUUGGAGGUAGCCAAGAUCGAGUUCUUCUACGACCAGGCGCCCGAGGGGAUGAAGAGCCUGGGCACGUCCUACGCCAUGACCAGCCUCGGCGUCGGCAACUUCCUCAGUAGCUUCCUGCUCUCCACCGUGGAGCGCAUCACGAGGCAGCGUGGCCAUGGGUGGAUACUCAACAAUUUGAACGCGUCGCACCUGGAUUAUUAUUACGCCUUCUUCGUCGUGCUCGAUUGCCUCAACUUCGCCUCGUUUUAUGUGGUGAGCAGGUACUACGUUUACAGAGCAGAGACGACGCAUCAAGAGGCGUCGAUGAACGACGGAGUUUUACAUCUAAACCCUAAACCUUGACUUUAAAUCCCGGACACUAGUAUAAUUUUCAUCCGUGUAACGACAUUCUAGGCUAUGUAGUAUCGUCGACCUCUUCAUUAGAUUUAGGCAAGUCAAUUACAUGGGACUUCUGCCAACAACAGUAGGACAUUUGACUGAUAUGCGAUAACCCAUAAAUAUAAUUUGUUGGAUACAAGAUGGAGAAGACGUGGAAGAAUAAAAAUAUUUUAUUGUGAACGAGAUUUUAGUCCUAUAUUAGGAGUUUCAUGAUAUGUUGGUUGAUUUUUAUUGAUUCACAUGUAUUGAAUAUAUAAAUAAAUGCAUGGGAAGAUGCUCUUUCUUA